CCUUCCGCUAAGGCACCGCCGCGGACACCCCUCCGCCACCUCGUCGCGCGGGGCCUCGCAGGACUCCGCGGGGGGGGGAGCGACGGGACCCCCCGAAGGAAGCGGCGACCCUCCUCUCUCUCGGCCCCCACCGCCCCCUUGGCCCCGCCCUUUCCCCGCGAAGGACCCUCAGGCGCCGCGCGGGCAGCCCCGGCUGGGCCCGGCAGAGGAGGCGGCGGCGGCGGCGGCCGCUGUGAAGAGGCAUCGUGCCGAAUCCCUUGGAGGGGGGGAGUCCUCCUCUGAAGAUGGCCGACUGGACCGGGGCCCUGGAGGCGCGUCCCAGAAGAUAGAAAUGAAACAGCGGUGAAAGCGGCCAGGCCCAGCGUGGACACCAUGAGUCACUCGGCCGCCGAGCCCCCUCCGCCAGAGGAGACGCCAGCGGAGACCCGGCCGGCCCUGGGGGUCAUCACGGAGGGGCUGGGCGAGCUGGCCGUCAUCGACCCGGAGGUGGCCAAGAAGGCCUGCGAGGAAGUGCUGGAGAAGGUCAAGCUGAUGCACUGCGUCUCGCCGGACGGCUCCAUCCGGGCCAAGGACAGGAGCCGCUGGCCGGGGCUGAACGGCGGCGAGUGCUGCGAGAUCAAGUGCCUGGACGACCCCCCCGGGAAGAUCUGGGAGGAGGACGAGCACCCGCCCAACUCCGUGAAGGGCGUCCGGCGGCGCCAGAAGAACAACUCGGCCAAGCAGUCGUGGCUGCUGCGGCUCUUCGAGUCCAAGCUCUUCGACAUCUCCAUGGCCAUCUCGUACCUGUACAACUCCAAGGAGCCCGGCGUGCAGGCCUACAUCGGGAACCGGCUCUUCUGCUUCCGCCACGAGGAGGUGGGCUUCUACCUGCCGCAGCUGCUCAACAUGUACAUCCACAUGGACGAGGACGUGGGCGACGCCAUCAAGCCCUACAUCGUGCACCGCUGCCGGCAGAGCAUCAACUUCUCCCUGCAGUGCGCCCUGCUGCUGGGCGCCUACUCCUCCGACAUGCACAUCUCCACCCAGCGCCACUCGCGCGGCACCAAGCUCCGGAAGCUCAUCCUCUCCGACGAGCUCAAGCCGGCCGCCCGGAAGAGGGAGCUGCCCCCGCUGGUGCCGGCCGCAGAGGCCGGGCUCUCCCCCACCAAGCGGACGCACCAGCGCUCCAAGUCGGACGCCACCGUCAGCAUCAGCCUGGGCAGCAACCUGAAGCGCACCGCCAGCAACCCCAAGGUGGAGAACGAGGACGAGGUAGGCGCCCUGGGCGGGCAGGCG